AUGAAGAAGAAGUGUGAGCUUUGUGAUUCUGCAGCAAAGAUGUAUUGUGAAUCAGAUCAGGCUAGCCUGUGUUGGGAGUGUGACAUCAAGGUUCAUGCUGCAAACUUCCUGGUGGCUAAGCAUUCAAGGACUCUGCUUUGCCAUGUCUGUCAAUCUCCAACCCCCUGGACUGGCUCCGGACUCAACCUCGGCCCUACAGUUUCGGUUUGUGAGAAAUGCAUUCAUACUUCUAACCAGGAACCCAGAAAUGAAGAAAAUGAUGAACAAGAAGAAGAUGAUGAUCAUGACCAUGAUCAUGAUGAUAGAGAUGAUGGAGAAAAUAACCCUGAAGAAGAAGAUGAUGGUGAUGAUGAUGAUGGGGAUCGGAAUGAUGAUGAUGAUGAAGAAAAUCAAGUUGUUCCAUGGUCUCCUCCACCAGUCUCAUCAAGUUCUUUAAGUAGCAGUGAAGAAUGUUUCAGUGAGAGCCUCUCCAAAUCAACAACAGCAUUUUCAUCCUCACCUAAACAGAACAACUUUUCAAAAGCAGAACAACGAGGGCCUCAAUUGGGACAAAAGGACCCGAAGAGAACCCAGAUGACUAGAUCAAGCAAUGUUGAAGUGAAACCGAUUUCAAGAAGGAAAAAAAAAGUCAAGGCAAGAACAAGUUUAAGACCAUCAUUGGUUUCUGCAAAUCUAGCUGUUAAUGAAGGCUUUAAAGAUUAA